UCCUACUCUGUUCUGAACAAAAACAUUUUCUCCUCAUCGCCAUUUCUCUGCAACUAUUCGAUUUCUUCAAAAUCUCUUUUAAAUUCCUUUUUUCUUUCGCUUGUCAUCUAAAAACGAAACCCCACCAAACCCAUCUCUGUUCCUUUGGCUCUACUCCAUCGUAGACCAGAAACCGAAAGCUCUGCCCCAACUAAAAUCGUUGGGUAUUCGUUUUUUUCUGGUAGAGAGAUAUUAAAUGAGAUGGAGUCUAAAGCAUUCCCCAGAAGGAAGGGAUUUUAUGUGAGAAUGAAGCUCUUUCCUCACAAAAAUUACAGAGCUCAAGAGAAAAGCUUCUUCAUUAGAUAUUACAAAUGGGUUCUUUGGGUUUCUCUUUCACUUUAUUUUUUUACUUCUUAUUACAUCAGUCAUAACCACAAACCCCAUGAAACCACAACUCCAAUACCCAAAACCCACCUUACGAAUUCCAAAUCUCGAGCUCUCAUCGAGUCUUCCAAUAGCACAUUCCUCCACCAAGUACAACAAAAUCAAGGAUUGUUGGAGUUGAAGGUUUUUGUGUAUGAUUUGCCACCGAAAUACAACGUGGAGUGGCUCUCGAAUGAACGGUGUUCGAACCACUUGUUUGCUUCGGAGGUGGCCAUUCAUAGAGCUCUUUUGAACAGCGAUUACAGGACAUUUGAUCCACUUGAAGCCGAUUUUUUCUUCGUCCCUGUUUAUGUUUCUUGCAACUUCAGCACCAUCAAUGGCUUCCCCGCCAUCGGCCAUGCUCGUUCUCUCAUUGCCUCCGCUGUAGCCCACAUUUCCUCUCAGUACCCCUUUUGGAAUCGCACCAAUGGCUCCGACCAUGUCUUUGUUGCAUCUCACGAUUUUGCCUCUUGCUUCCACACCAUGGAGGAUGUAGCUAUAGCAGAUGGAGUACCAUCGUUCUUGAAAAACUCGAUUAUAUUACAGACAUUUGGAGUAAAUUACAAACACCCAUGCCAAGAUGUUGAGCACGUAGUCAUUCCACCGUAUAUUUCGCCGGAUUCUAUAAAGAACACUCUCGAGAAGUCGCCGGUGACUGACCGGAGAGAUAUUUUUGCGUUCUUUAGAGGGAAAAUGGAGGUGAACCCCAAAAAUGUCAGCGGAAGAUUUUACAGCAAGAAGGUGCGAACAAUGAUCUGGCGAAAAUUCAACGGCGACCGGAGAUUUUACCUGCAGAGGCACAGAUUUGCCGGUUACCAGUCAGAGAUCGUACGGUCAGUCUUUUGUUUAUGCCCACUGGGGUGGGCCCCAUGGAGCCCCAGGCUGGUUGAGUCCGUGGCAUUGGGUUGCGUGCCGGUAAUAAUAGCGGACGGUAUCCGGUUGCCGUUUCCUUCCGCCGUAAAUUGGCCGGAGAUAUCAAUAACCGUGGCGGAAAAGGAUAUCGGGAAAUUAGGGACAAUUCUCGACCACGUGGCAGCUUCCAACCUUACUACUAUCCAAAAGAACUUGUGGGACCCAAGGAAUCGGCGGGCCCUGCUGUUCCACAAUCAGGUACAAGAAGGCGACGCCACGUGGCAGGUGAUUCGUGCACUGUCGGAGAAGCUGGAUAGGUCGCAUAGACGUUCGAGGGCUUUGAACCAAUAAUACCACGCCACGCAAUCAACUUGUGGGGCUGAGUUUCGCACUAAAGGAUGCACUCUUUCCUACGUGGAUAUGGAAUACAGCUGGAGUUUGCAUGAAACUGGCCGUAGAGUGAAGAAUAGUUUUAUUUCAUUGGUGAUGGUGGGGCCCGGAUACAGCUGGUCAAGUAUACAUCCGGGAUUUUAAUAUUGAGGACGUGGCAGCACAGGAUUGGAUAGGCUAAUCAAGCAAAUAUAAUAACAACAGAUACAUGUGAAUGAGGGAUUCUUUUUUCGCCGUUGAAAUAACUAUAAUAUUAAUGAGAGCCCAAUAAAACAAGGAUGGCUGUCGCUGUGUAAAUUUCCGAAUAAUGCAAACAAAUAAAUAAUUCAUGGAGAUUUUCUUCUCUUUUUUUUUUCA